GGUACCCUUCCCUGGGCGGCUCGGUGCAACUUCCGGCCCCGCCCCUGACACACGGGGAGUCCCGGGCAGGCGGUGUAGGGAUGAGGGAAGCUCGGAGCCUUCGGGACACCUCGAAAACAACAUGAAGAACCCGGGACACAGCGACACCGAGGGAAACAAAGCCACGGCAAGAGCUGCCGCUACUUCAGACACCGACAGCAGUGAUCAUGUGCAGCUGAAGGUGCCGCUCAUCCAGCAGUCCUUCCACUGGGAUUGUGGCCUGGCAUGUGCCCGCAUGGUGCUGCAGUAUCUGAAUCUUCUGCAUGAGAAUGCGUUUCAAAAUGCUAUGCAUGAGCUCCAACUCACCAAGAGCAUCUGGACAAUUGAUCUAGCCUAUCUUAUGCACCAUUUUGGGGUCCGGCACCUUUUCUGCACUCAGACUUUAGGAGUUGAUAAAGGUUAUAAGAACCAGUCAUUCUACAGAAAACACUUUGAUGCAGAGGAAAACCGAGUAAACCAGCUGUUUGUACACGCCAAAUCCCAUGGAGUGAAUGUGGAAAAACGCACUGUGACCAUACGGGAAUUACAGGAGCAUCUUUCCCAGGGACAUGUGGCCAUCGUACUCGUAAAUGCAGUUCUUUUACUGUGUGACCUGUGCCCAAGACGUGUCAAAUACUGCUGUUUUCUUCCAAUUGGGCAAAAGUGUUUCUGCAGGAGCAGCGACUACCAGGGCCAUUUUAUUGUGCUUUGUGGUUACAACAAGAGUUCUGGCAGUUUAUUUUACAACAACCCUGGAUAUGCCGACAGAUUGUGUCGGACCAGCAUCACUAACUUUGAGGAAUCACGCUGUAGCUAUGGCACAGAUGAAGAUAUUCUGUUUGUUUAUGUGAACAGCUGACCCCUGACCUCUGUUUCAACUUUUCUCAGGAUCAAGUACAGCACUCAGCAGGAACCUCAUUACAGUCAACGCGAUAUAAACAUAUAUAUAUAUAGAUAUUCAUCUUAGAAGUAAAAAUGAAAGCUGGACCAUUUGGGAAUGAAUUUAACCAAAAAUACAGCUAGUAAUGAUCAUGACCAUUUCAUAAUGGUCUGCAGUUCAAAUUUAACAAAGCUUUGAGAUAGCAGUUUCAGGAGGGAAAGAAUUUAUAAAGGGAAUAGAUCAUGCAGCAUUACUUGUAGCUGACUUUGCUAUAAUCUGAGUGUGAUUCAGUAGAAAGGAUGACUUAACAGCCCAUUCUUACAGAUUGACCACAUUUGCUUUGUGUCUAGCUGCACAAUAAGGGUAGAACUCAGUGGUGCGGCUCGAGCCGAAAACGCAUGCGACAUGCGGAUGUCCUGAAUAUACAGGAGAAAUCGCAGGUAAGAACUACAUUUAUAACAAACAAGGGAAAGUUGUGCUCACCACUAAUUUUUAAAAUCAUUAGGCGGGGGUGCAAUGAGGGUGUGACCACAAAAUACAUAUAGACAAUUACAAGAGGUCCUCAGCACUCAACCCAUUAUCAAUAUAUUUAAGACAGAGAUAUUUUGUGCAUACUGCUACUGAAAAAUGCCUUACCCUUUAAACAAAACAGGGAUUGUUUGUCCAUAUAUUGCAAUAUAUUUAAGCUGGCCAACUAAAACUUAGUCCCUUUGUAAAAUGUAUAAUGAAGCAAUAGAAUUCUUAAUGAAUCAGAUGAAAAUUGAGCAUAGGACUGGCCAGAUAUGGGAUGACUUUGACGUAGUUGGCCAGCUUAAAUAUAUUGCAAUAUAUGGACAAACAAUCCCUGUGUUGUUUAAAGGGUAAGGCAUUUUUCAGUAGCAGUAUGCACAAAAUGUCGCUGUCUUAAAUAUAUUGAUAAUGGGUUGAGUGCAGAGGAAUCUUGUAUUUUUCCAUAAGAACUACAUUUAUCCAACUGUCUGAUGAAGACGCAGCGUUUUCAUCCGACAGUUUGAUAAAUGUAGUUCUUACCUGCGAUUUCUCCUUCACUUCCUGUAUCCUCAGGACAUCCGACACGUCACAUACAUUUCAUUGCAUGGCGAUGUAUCGUUUUGAUCCGCACCGGCGAGUUCUACCCUAUGUCUUGUAUAAACAGUGCUGCUAUAGGGUCACUGUCACACUCAACUAAUGACACUGGUUAGGAAAUGAGUAUGUGGGUACGGUUUUGAUUUUUAUACUUAGAGGCCAGGGAAAGGUGUGGUCCAUGCUAACAACACUAGCAAUCUUAAUUUAUAGGGCUGAUCAAUUAAUGUCUGGUGUUCCAGUACUAUAGGUGUGAAAACACUUUUCUGAUGCAAGAGACUGCAAAAUGUUAAUGUACAGUUUAUAAUAAAGAGUUUUAUACAUAUUGCAA